UAGGAAUAUAUUCUAUACGAUUUCAAGUCAUAUUAAUUUAUAUUUAUGUACUUCAACAUGUUUUAUUAUAACUUAGAAUUAAAAAAUCGUAACUAUUAACAACUGUAGUAAUUAUAAAAAUACGGUAUUAUAAUUUAUAAUAUAGGUACUUUAAAAAAUAAGUUUUUAUUUUAAAUAUCGUAUUCAAAUUUCAAACUUUUAAAGUUCAAAGAUUAUGUUUAAAAAAUUAAUACUGAUCAUCACUAUUAUUUUUCAAUUUGGGACACGGAGUACAUAGUACAUAAUAUUACAAGUCGCAACAAUCCGGUAUAAAUAUAUAGGUAUUUAUUUGUGAAGUACGCAUUUGAACGGAACAACACCAUGCAUGACAAAAUAUGAUGUACCUAUGCCAAUUACCAACAUAUACCAAUACCACCUACGUUGGACAUCGAGAUGGCGGAAGAUUGCAGCUACUGCAGUUGCAGCAUGACAGCGGGCGACAGCUACUGCAGUUGCGAUCGAUCGAUCGUUUACGUGCUCGAUUUGGCGACUCCGCGGUUCGAAAUCGGUGUCCGACAAUCACCGCCGACGGACGGCGGCGAACUGUCGUCGAAGAGGCAAAGUCGUGCGUACAGAUCGAUGAUGACCGCGGUCGGAGAAACGGACGUGGUCGCCAAUUCCGCGGCUCGGAAACGAUUUGCGGCCAGCGCGGAAGCGUUGCAUCGCUCGCCGGCGGACCAUCACUGCGGGCAAGCCCCCCCAGCCCCGCAGGAGCAGAACAGUCGCAGUGAGGUAGUUCCGUCGGCCGACCGAGACUCCUGCAGCGCUACCGAUGGUCCCGACUUGCAGGCGACCGAUCAGCAAGCACACGACUCGCAGACGACCGAUCCGCAAGCUCCUGACUUGCGUCCUAACGAGUUUCAGAUUACCGAUCAGCUGCAAAAGUACAACUUUUGCGCAACCUAUGACCCUCACGUUGCUAAUUACUAUGCUAACGACUUCUUCGCGGUCAUCACGCCGAAUGCUAGUGACGACUUUGACGCGGUGGACUUGACAGGAGACGACUACUACCGCCAGAGAUCCGUUGACUUUGGUGGCUGGGAAGAACGUGCGCCCGCUGACUCAGCGCAGGCUCGAUCUCUGGAAAACGGGACGUGGGGGACCAGGGUGCAGGCUGCAGGAGAUGGCCAGAAGGAGAAAGGUUCGCUAUGGACGAGGUUCAAAAAGUACGUAAGUCACGGACUGUGCUGUCAACAACAUUAGAUAUAGAAAUUAGAAGAGGUAUCCGACAAAUAAAUUUCUCUAUGCCACGAAAAAUAAAAAAAUCUACGCAGGAUGAA